CUAUUCCAAACCACAACUACUCUACUUCAAAUACAAUGAAAUAAAAAUAGAAAUUUGAUGAAACACUAUAUGCAGAUGUAGAAUAUUUGGAUGACAAGGGAAAUUUCGAUUUUAAGAAGUUUGCUGAUGCUGCAUCUGAAUCAAUCAAAAUAAAAAAUAAAGACAAAGCUUAAAAUAAUUUCAUUCAAAUUCAACAGAAAUGGGAUCAAUAAAGAUAAGCUAUUAAAAAUCAAAAGAUGGAAAUCAAAUCUAAACCUGUCAGUGAAGUAAACAAAAAGUAAUUGGAAAUAAUAGAUGAACUAAAGAAAAAAAAAUCCAAAUUGUAAGACUUAGUCAAGAACUCAUAAAAUAUCGAUAAUUAAAUCAAAGAAACCAGUCAUAAAUAAGCAUAAAUUAAAAAACAACCUUCAGUUUAAAAAGUUGCUUAAUAAAUGGAUAAACUAACUGCAGAUUAGGCUUAAGUCAGACUCUUUAGAUUUGAUUAAAUGGAAAAAGUCUAAUUUCAAUGA